UGCCAGUUUGGUAAAAUCACGAAGAGCGAUUCAGUCUAACUAUAAUUUUUGCUCUGUGAACACUAAUGAAUAUCAAUAAAGAUUUGAGUUAUGCAUUUACCAUGAGCCGUCAAUGUUUAUGGCUAUUAGGCGUUUGGCCCGAUCCACAAGUCUCUUUGAAUAUUUUUCGACCGAAUAUAAGAUUCAUGAUCGUUACCUGUAUUUUAAGUCUCUAUGUGAUCGUGCCGCAAUUGACGAAUAUGAUUCGUGCUUGGGGUGAUGUGGGUCGGAUGAUAGAGUACGUAGCCUCUGCCAACUUUGGUUUGAUGGCAUUAUGCAAGUUAGUUGCUACUUGGUAUCAUGGGGAAACACUUCGUACACUGAUGACAUCGAUCGUAACUGAUUGGAGAAUUUCGAGGAACAAUUGGGAACGAGAUGCAAUGUUAAAUAUUGCGAGACGCGGCAGAAGUUUAUCUUUCAAAUGUUGUCUGGCUGCAACAUGCACAGUAACAUUUUAUGUAUCUUUCAAUCUCAUAAAGUUUUAUCGAAACAUGUAUUUGCCGCAACGUAGUUUGGUAUAUCGCUUCGCAUAUCCAUACAACAUUCAGAAGAGUCCAAACUAUGAAAUCACUUUUUUCAUUCAACUUUCCGGCGGUGUAUAUUCAGCCAUCAUUAAUUGUUCCGUCGAUUGCUUCAUCUCGAUACUUUUGCUACACGUAUGUGCACAGCUGAUAAACCUACGGACAACACUUAACAAUCUUGUUAGCGAAUUAGCCAAUAGAUCCAUAUCAUCUUCGAAAUUUAAAGAAGGUCUAACUGCGAUUGCUAUACGACAUCAACAUCUCAUCAGAUUUGCGAAGACAGUUGACGACUGUUACAGCGCAGUGUUAUUUGUACAUAUGUUAGCUGCUACUUUUCAACUGUGUUUUGAAACUUUUCAAGUUUACACAAUGAUAACAGACAAAUUGGAUAUAUCUGUUAUCAAAAUAACUUUCCUUACAUUUUAUAUCACUCUUGUGCUGACGCAUUUGUAUAUUUAUUGCUAUUCGGCUGAAAGACUUUUAACGGAGAGCACCAAUAUAGCAUAUGGCGUAUAUGAAUGCAAAUGGUAUAAUAUACCGGCCAAAGAUGCAAAGAUCUUAAUGUUUAUUGUACAUGGAUCUACAAUUCCACUUAAAUUGACAGCUGGAAAAUUCGGAGUUUUUUCGAUAGAAAUGUUCGGAACAACAGUAAAAACAUCAAUGGGAUACUUAUCUGCGUUGCUAACAAUGAAGGAUUAAAAAUAACAACAUUAAAAAUCGAACUAAUUGCAUAUGAUUGA